UAAUAGUCGAAGUUAUAGUUUGUGCCGACACCUGUUGUUGGAGCCGCACGGCAUUUGCGCCCCUAAGGGCUCCCUUCAUCCGUUACGAACAUGGCGGACGACGUGAGUGAGUUCCUGGGCCAGAACCCUGAAACAGCUGCCUGGCUGGAGCUUGUCCACGGGGAGUGCGAGUCGGACAAGUUGUGGCGGUACCGUAAGGAAUUUAUUCUACGGAACCUGAGCGAUGUGUGCGGGGAAGCAGAGGUCCCGCCGCCCCCUGAGACCAACCACAAGGCCUUGGACCGACUGCUCGCCUACUCUAUGGUGUGGGCCAAUCACGUGUUCACGGGCUGCAGGUACCCCCUUCCAGUUAUGGAAAAAGUGCUUAAAAUGGCAGAAAAUAUUAAGGUGACUGAUGCACCAACUCAUACAACACGCGAUGAACUGGUUGCCAAGGUGAAGAAAAGAGGGAUUUCAAGUAGCAAUGAAGGGGUAGAAGAGGAACCAUGCAAAAAGCAAAAAUCCAGUGAUCAUGGGGAAAGAGAAAGCUCUUAUAUUGAAGACACCAUAAGUGAUGGUAAUGUUCCAUCUACUAGUCUAAAUAAGAGAGAGGCACGCUUGAGUGCAGCACAAAGGACAGAUGUAAACACAGAAUUUUACGACAAGUCAAGUAAUCGCCGGUCUCUGCCUGUGUCCAAUGCUAAAUCUAGAUUGAAUCUCACAGAAGAAGCAGGAUAUAAACAUGGUGCUACUCAGGGGAGAAAAAGCCAUUCUGACAUUCGACAUCAAACAUCAAUGAAAGGUCCAGCACAAUCCAGCGAUAAUGCUCUCAAACCUACUCGCCGUUUCACUACAGAACAUACCAAGGAAAGGCAGCCUUUCUUUAACAGACUCUACAAAACAGUGGCUUGGAAACUUGUAUCUGCUGGGGGUUUCAAUGCCAACCUCAACCAUGAAGAACUACUUAACACCUGUAUUGAAUCUCUAAAGGCGACUCUAGAGGUUUCUUUUGUUCCACUGACAGACCUGGCAGAUUUACCCCAAAACAAAACCUCUCAGGAGAAUACAGUUUGUGAAUUAAGGUGCAAAUCUGUUUAUUUAGGUAUGGGCUGUGGGAAGACAAUGGAGACCGCCAAAGCUGUGGCUUCCCGGGAAGCUGUAAAACUGUUUCUGAAAAAGAAAGUUGUAGUUAGAAUAUGCAAAAGAAAAUUUAAUGGUCGCGACGUGGAGGACUUGGUACUUGUUGAUGAGGAAUUUCGGCCUGUUAAUUUACCUCCAGCAAUAAAAAACCCUCAGGAAAUUGUGUAACAGAUUUCUUUGUUUGGUGGAAAGAAAAUUAAAAAGGACUGAAUACUUUGUACUUAUUAAAACAUCAGGUUUUUUAUUUGAAAUAUUUGUAUUUAUUUUUGAGUUUUACUAGGGACAUACCACAUACAUUCUGCAUGUGGUAUGCAUUCUGCUUCAAAGCAUAAUAGCUGUUAUUGGAUUGCCUUAAAUUGCUAUUUGGGGUUUUAUGGAAAAAUCAUUGGUAUGAUUUUAGUAUGAUUUUUUUAAUUAAAAUGGUCUUUAACCUUGUAAAUGAUCGCAAUCCAUAAGUGUAUUGCCUAUAUCCUUUGUAUGUUUAGUCUCCUGCAAACAAAGUUGAAUCUAAUUUAAAAUCAUAAUAAAAAUCUAAUAAUUGAUCUCUUUAACACUGUAACCAAGCAGUGGUUUAAUUCAUACUGCAAAGUAGGUUGGCAAUGGUAAAAGAAAAGGCUGGUUUUGUUGUAUGUACUUAAAGGGGAACUCCAGCUUCCAAACCAAAAUUUUAUAAAGAGGCCCACAUAACACAGAUACCCCUAAUAUACCCAUCAUAGUUACCUGUUUCUUCAAAAGGUAUGAGUAAAUGCCAUUUUAUAUGCUGAAA